CUGUGAAUGCAAUUGUGUUUGAAGAAAAUAAUAUCCAAUUUGAAUUAUUAACCUCCCUUCUCUCCCCUUUGUUUUCUAUUUUAACAGAUUCUUUGGAUUUUUUUUUUUUUUUUUUUUGGAGGGGACAGUGUCAUCUUGAGGGAAAGUAAGGAUGACCAACAGUUCUACCUUCUGCCCAGUUUACAGAGACCUGGAGCCAUUCACAUAUUUUUUUUAUUUAGUUUUCCUUGUUGGAAUUAUUGGAAGUUGUUUUGCAGCCUGGGCUUUCAUACAGAAAAACACAAAUCACAGGUGUGUAAGCAUAUACUUAAUUAAUUUGCUUACAGCCGAUUUCCUGCUUACUCUGGCAUUACCAGUAAAAAUCACUGUCGACUUGGGCGUGGCACCCUGGAAGCUGAGGAUAUUCCACUGCCAAGUAACAGCCUGCCUCAUCUACAUUAAUAUGUACUUAUCAAUUAUCUUCCUAGCAUUUGUUAGCAUUGAUCGCUGUCUUCAGUUGACAUACAGCUGCAAGAUUUAUCGAAUACAAGAACCUGGAUUUGCCAAAAUGAUAUCGACUGUUGUAUGGUUAAUGGUCCUUCUUAUAAUGGUGCCAAACAUGAUAAUUCCCAUCAAAGACAUGAAGGAAAAACCCAACGUGGGUUGCGUGGAAUUCAAAAAGGAGUUUGGAAGAAACUGGCAUUUGCUGACAAAUUUCAUAUGCGUUGCCAUAUUCUUAAAUUUCUCAGCCAUCAUCUUAAUAUCUAACUGCCUUGUAAUUCGACAGCUCUACAGAAACAAAGAUAAUGAAAAUUAUCCAAAUGUGAAAAGAGCUCUCAUCAACAUACUUUUGGUGACUACAGGCUACAUCAUAUGUUUCGUUCCUUAUCACAUUGUCCGAAUCCCAUACACCCUCAGCCAGACAGAGGUCAUAUCUGACUGCUCCACCAGGAUUUCACUUUUCAAAGCCAAAGAGGCCACACUGCUGCUGGCUGUGUCCAACCUGUGUUUUGAUCCGAUCCUCUACUAUCAUCUCUCAAAAGCUUUCCGCUUAAAGGUCACGGAGACGUUUGCUUCACGUAAGGAGACCAAGGCUCAGAAAGAAAAAUCAAGCUGUGAAAACAAUGCAUAAAAUAUGGGAUUUUCUCAUGCUAUCUUUUCCUGCCUUGCUGGACAACUGAGUGUACAAAACUGCUGGGAAGGAGGGAAAGAAGAACCUCCAUAAGUAAAAACACAGGCAGCUAGCUAAUGUGGCUUGGUUCACUGAGAAACCCUGUUUCUAAAUGCAAGCCAAGCCGUACUCUUGUGGUUGUUGAUGCUCCUUAACCCAAACUUUCGUACAAAAAACUAAAACGUCCUGUUGCACCAA